UCCCCGACUGUUAGAAAAGACAACAAUCAAUCAAACAUAAAAAAAAACCAUCUUCGAGCUACAUCAAACAUACCUAAUCUCACUCAUCACCACUUUCUCAAUAUGGCCGGAAGAGCAAUGAUGCUCGUUAAUGUCGGAACAGUUAUAAUGACCACUUUGACCCUGGCUAGCUUGGUCAGAGGCUUCGGUGUGAACUGGGGCAAUAUCGCAUCGCAUCCACUGAAUCCUGAUAUUGUUGUUAGGAUGCUUAAAGACAACAAGAUCAAUAAAGUAAAGCUUUUUGACGCUCAUUCAUGGACGAUGAAUACUUUGGCCGGUACGGGCAUGGAGGUUAUGGUCGGAAUCCCUAAUAACCUUCUUGAAAGUCUUGCCGAAGAUUACGAAAAUGCUAAAGAUUGGGUCAAAGAAAAUGUCACGGCUUACAUGCGUAAGGGUGGCGUCAACAUCAAGUACGUGGCCGUGGGGAACGAGCCGUUUUUGUCAGCAUACAACGGAUCGUUCUUGGAGACAACGUUUCCAGCAUUAAAGAACAUUCACAAGGCGUUAAAAGAAGCUGGACAUACUGAUAAAAUGAAAGCCACGAUCCCACAGAACGCUGAAGUUUACCAAUCAGCUAAUGAUAAGCCAUCAGAAGGAGAUUUUAGAAGCGAUGUAAAGAAAACGAUGCUCGACAUAGUCAACUUCUUCCACGAUAAUGAUUUACCUUUCACAGUCAACAUUUACCCUUUUCUUAGUCUUUACCUAAACGAACAUUUUCCCGUUGAAUUUGCUUUUUUCGACGGUAAAGGCGAGUCAAUUCCUGAUAAAGGUAAGAACUACGAUAACGUGUUUGAUGCGAAUUACGAUACGCUUGUUUACUCGUUGAAGAAAGCCGGGAUUAAAGAUAUGAAGAUUAUCAUUGGGGAGAUUGGGUGGCCAACGGAUGGUCAUAAACAUGCGACGCCAAAGCUAGCAGAGAAAUUCUAUGCAGGUCUUAUGAAAAGACUUGCUGAAGAGGAAGGGACUCCAUUGAGGCCUGAGAGAUUAGAAGUUUAUCUCUUCGGUUUCCUCGACGAGGACAUGAAGAGUAUUAUGCCUGGACCAUUCGAGAGACAUUGGGGAAUAUUUAGAUACGAUGGAACACCUAAGUUUAUGCUAGAUUUCACUGGAAAAGGACGCAAGAUCGUACCCGUGGCAGCGAAAGGUGUGAAAUACUUAGAUAAACAAUGGUGCAUAGUGAACAAAGACACGAUCAAUCUAGAUAAGGUUGCUCCGGACCUAGAGUAUGCAUGUUACCACGGUGACUGCACUGCGAUGAAGGGUGAUUCAAGAUGUAGUAAGCUAGACAGAAUCCAAAACAUAUCAUACGCAUUUAACAUGUAUUAUCAGAUUCAGGGUCAAGACGUUAGGGCUUGUGAUUUCAAAGGAACUGCUAGGAUUACUAAGGACAAUGCGACUGUGGGAAGUUGCUUGUUCCCUAUCCAGAUCGUAAGUGGAAGUGACGACUUCAGGAUCAGCUUUGUGUUCGGAAGAUUCUUUGUCGUUGGACUUGUUCUUCUGGGAUUAAUAGCAACUAUAUAAUUUGUUCUCUUUACUGAUUUUUUUUUUUGUUGCAAUUUUGGGGAAUUAAUUCCAUACCGGUUAAUUGUUAUUUGUUGUUCGUCUGAUAACAUUUGAAUUAGUACUUCUAUAUAUGUGUUUUAUAAAUCGAUAUAUAUAGUCAAAUGAUCAUAUACUCGUUUAUAGGAAGUGGAAUGAAAUAAUCAGUUUAGAAAAUCAUAUACUCAUUUAUAGUUAUUUUUCGUUUAAAUUUCAAUUUCAUUUGUACAUAUAUACAUAUGUUCAUUAUAUCAAUGUAAACUCAAGUGUUCAAUCAUAUCAUCAUUCCACAAACUUUAUGGUGAUUAAAAAAAAACUGUUUCUCCAUCCUAUCAUCAACUCUGAUGCGUUACGUAUAACAAAGCCACACCACAUGAUU